GGCAACUUUCAGGGAUCUGUGGACAUGUAUCCCCCAGAUCCCUCUGCUCCUCCACACUACCAAGUAUCCUACCAUAUACUUUGUACUCUGCUUUGGAGUUUGUCCUUCCAAAGUGUACCACCUCACACUUGUCUGGGUUGAACUCCAUCUGCCACUUCUCAGCCCACUUCUGCAUCCUAUCCAUGUCUCUCUGGAUUCUUUGACAAUCCUGUACACUAUCUACAACACCACCAACCUUUGUGUCAUCUGCAAACUUGCCAACCCACCCUUUUACCUCCUCAUCCAGGUCGUUAAUAAAAAUCACAAAAAGUAGAGGUCCCAGAACAGAUCCUUGUGGGACACCACUAGUCACAACCCUCCAAUCUGAAUGUACUCCCUCCACCACGACCCUCUGCCUUCUGCAGGCAAGCCAAUUCUGAAUCUACCUGGCCAAACUUCCCUGGAUCCCAUGCCUUCUGACCUUAUGAAUAAGCCUACCGUGUGGAACCUUGUCAAAUGCCUUACUAAAAUCCAUGUAGAUGACAUCCACUGCACUACCCUCAUCUAUAUGCCUGGUCACCUCCUCAAAGAACUCUAUCAGGCUUGUUAGGCACGAUCUGCCCUUCACAAAGCCAUGCUGACUGUCCCUGAUCAGACCAUGAUUCUGUAAAUGCCCAUAGAUCCUAUCUCUAAGAAUCUUUUCCAACAGCUUUCCCACCACAGACAUAAGGCUCACUGGUCUGUAAUUACCUGGACUAUCCCUACUACCUUUUUUGAACAAGGGGACAACAUUCGUCUCCCUCCAAUCCUCCAGUACCAUUCCUGUGGACAACAAGGACAGAACAUGUGUUGGAAAAGUUACAUGUGCAGAGGGUUGGUCAGAAGGAGCAUGGGGUUAAAUGUGUAGAAGGUUUGGGUGAUCUUGAGAAGGUCAUCAAAAUUCAAGGUGCAGUUAGCCCGAUGGAAGUUCAAGGAGCUGGGUUAGGUAGAAUAGACAGUGUUUUAAGCAAAGAGAGGAGGAAUGGGCUAAGAAUUCUAUACUUGAAUGCGUGUAGUGUCAGAAAUAAGACAGAUGAGCUUGAAGCUCAGAUGAAAAUGGGGAACUACGAUAUUGUUGGGGUAACGGAGACAUGGCUGCAAGGGGAUCAGGCCUGGGAAUUGGGUGUACCAGGGUAUACGUGCUAUCGUAGAGACAGAAAUAUGGGAAGAGGGGGUGUGGUGGCCCUGUUAGGGAUUCAGUCCUUAGCAAGGGGUGACUUAGGAACAGGAGAAGUAGAGUCUGUGUGGGUUGAGCUGAGGAACAGUAAGGGUAAAAAGACCCUAAUGGGUGUUGUGUACAGGCCCCCAAACAGUAGCGUGGAUAUUGGGUACAAGUUGAUUAGGGAGUUAACAUUGGCAUGUGCUAAAGGUAAUGCAGUCGUUAUGGGAGAUUUCAACAUGCAGGUGAACUGGGAGAAUCAGGUAGGUGCUGGACCCCAGGAUAGGGAGUUUGUGGAGUGUCUAAGGGAUGUAUUUUUGGAACAGCUUGUGCUUGAGCCAACCAGGAACGAGGCUAUUUUGGACUUGGUGAUGUGUAAUGAACAGGAAUUGAUAAGUGAUCUUGAAGUAAAGGAGCCAUUAGGAAGUAGUGAUCAUGACAUGAUAAGUUUUUAUCUACAAUUUGAGAGGGAUAAGGGCAGGUCAGAGGUGUCAGUGUUGCAAUUAAAUAAAGGAGACUACGGAGCCAUGAGGGAGGAGCUGGCCAAAGUUAAAUGGGCGGAUGCCCUGGCAGGAAACACAGUGGAUCAGCAGUGGCAGAUAUUCUUGGGCAUAAUACAAAAGAUGCAAAAGCAGUUCAUUCCAAUGAGAAGGAAGGGGGAAAAGAGGGGGAAGGGGCCACAGUGGUUGACAAAGGAAGUCAGAGAUUGUAUAGCAUUAAAGAAAAAGAAGUAUGACAGGGCUAAGAUGAUUGGGAAAGUUUUAAGGAACAGCAGAUCUUAACUAAAAAAGCAAUACGGAGAGAAAAAAUCAGGUAUGAGCUCAGUCUAGCCAGGAAUAUAAAAGGGGAUAGCAAAAGCUUUUUUAGCUAUGUGAAGAGAAAGAAGAUAGUUAAGAACAAUGUUGGCCCCUUGAAGAAUGAAUUGGGAGAAAUUGUUAUGGGAAACAGGGAAGUGGCAACAGAAUUUAAUGCAUACUUUAGAUCUGUCUUCACCAGGGAGGACACAAGCAAUCUCCCAGAUGUAUGGAUGGGCCAGGGUCAUAAGAUAUCAGAGGAAUUGAGACAGAUUGACAUUAGGAAAGAAACUGUGAUGAGUAGACUGGUAGGACUGAAGGCUAAUAAAUCCCCGGGUCCAGAUGGUCUGCAUCCGAGGGUUCUAAAAGAGGUGGCUCAGGAAAUUGCGGAUGCAUUGGUAAUCAUUUUCCAAUGUUCCUUAGAUUCAGGAUCAGUUCCUGAAGAUUGGAGAGUGGCUAAUGUUGUCCCACUUUUCAAGAAGGGAGGGAAGGAGAAAACGGAGAACUAUCGCCCUGUUAGCCUAACGUCAGUCGUGGGGAAGAUGCUUGAGUCCAUUAUUAAGGACGAGAUAGUGGCACAUCUUGAUGGCAGUAAUAGGAUUAGGCUGAGCCAGCAUGGAUUUACCAAGGGCAAAUCAUGCUUGACUAAUCUGUUGGAGUUUUUUGAGGGUGUAACAGGGAUGUAACACGAGGACGAGGGUAAGCCAGUGGAUGUUGUGUACCUAGAUUUUCAGAAGGCAUUCGAUAAGGUGCCACAUAGGAGAUUGGUGAGUAAAAUCAGAGCUCAUGGCAUUGGGGGCAGGGUUUCAACAUGGAUAGAAAACUGGUUGGCAGAUAGAAAGCAAAGGUAAGCCAGUGGAUGUAGUGUACCUAGAUUUUCAGAAGGCAUUCGAUAAGGUGCCACAUAGGAGAUUGGUGAGUAAAAUCAGAGCUCAUGGCAUUGGGGGC